CGAGUAGCUUGUAAAAGGGCGCUCGCGUGAGCCCAAGACCCGAGCUAACCAGCGAUCGAAGCUCGCUCGGUCAGCGAAGGGCCAGCACCCCACCAAGAAGUAGGUGGUGCGAAGUUCUCUGAAGGGCGUUCGGGCAGCUUGGACGCGCCUCUCUAUCGCUCGCUACUUCCUGCCGAGGUACCUCGUCGCCAACUGGGACAAGGAGACCAGGGACUGCAGGGGGGUGGCCGGGGGCAACGUGCAGCAGACGGUGGGGGGCAGCGCGGGUUCUGGAUUCGUGGACGGGUGCGCCGCCAGCCCUUUGAUCAUACGAAACUACCUGGGGUGCUCCAGCAUCUUCCACCCGCUGUUCCAGUCCGAGAAGCUCUGGGUUCGGAUCAUGAACUCGGACUUCCUGCCCGCCGACUCGGACGACUUCGUCGACGCCUGGGAGGAGUUCGAGAGGCACAAGCGCACCGGGGAUGAGUGGGCCUACACGUCCUCGUGGGGCGAGGCGAACCCAGGCGGGGGCAAGGACAAGGUGGAGGAUUUCUUGCUGAGGUCGAAGAAGGAGGUCGUCCUGGCCACGGAGUCCCUGGGCAAGCUCGUGAAGAUGCUGCAGCUGCCUGAGCUCGAGCAGCCCCGCCGCGCCUCGAGCCUCCGCUCGCCCCGUGGCGUCCUCGUCCGCAUUAUCGCGUAUGCCGGGUGUGCUUAUUCCACAGUGGCUCAGGAUGGAGGCCCGACGAGAUUUCUGGAGGCCUCCAGAGACUUCGGCGUCGACGUCGGCCUGCGGGGGCCUCCAGGGGCCUGCCGCUGUCGUGCCGGGCCGCGGGCCUCCCGGGCGGUGGAGAUCGAGGAGGGCUGAGCGGCCCGCGCGGCGGCGGAAGCCGGAGCCCGCGCUGUCAUCACAGGAGCUUGCCGUGCCUCAUCCGGCUUUCUCCUGCCUCCCCUGCCCCCUGCCUCUGCGCCUCCGCGCCGGGGCCUGCCCCAUUCACCGGCUCGCCUGGCCCCGCCUCCCUCGCUUGCUCACUGGCCCCUUCUUCGAUAGGCAGGUCUUAGUUUUUCCGGCGGCGCUCCGCGCCAGGGCCGCACGAACACACUCACAGGAUCGCGUUGCCUUGCACCUCGCAGGAAA